AUGGCAGACAAGGAUCAAUUGAUGGAAUCAGACUUGCCUCCCAAGAAUGCUAGUCACAGCACCGCGCUUGGACAACGUCAGAUUCGCAAACUGACUGCAAUUCUCCAACAUCUUGAUCUUGAAUCACCAGCGAUUGCAGUAAAUACCAAAAACCCUGCUCACUCAGAUCCCACAGGACGCCUGCUUCGGCAGCCAGGUUUGGAUGACCAAAAAAAAUCAAAACCUCGUAUUGGAGGAUCCUCAUCUUUUGGUGUCGGUGCUUGCGCCACAACCCUGCAUUUCUCGCCCGCUAAUCCACAACAGGACCAACCAUUGACUUUUUCUUCUGGUCCCUUCGGGGUCGCUGAUGGCACCUGGCUUUUCAAUAUUGUGAGCUCAAGACUUCUUUGUCGAAAUCCCAUUCAAUUGGCUUUGCCUCAUUGUCCGAGGUGGUGGGUGAGAUGGGGGGUUUUGCUGCAUAUUGUCGCAGAUUUUGGUGCUUCGCGCUCGAGCCGCGAGGAGGCUGGUGCUAGCACAGCUUAUUGCCCAAUGUUGUCUUGUGUCAAGUUUUUGUUGGUGUUCCUCGUCAGAUGA